UAAUGAAAACGCAGAAAGCAACAAUAGAGAGAGGGGGAGAAAGAAAGAAAGAGAGAGAUGAUGUGUAUCGAGUAGCAAUCUGGGCACUUAGUGUCAGUUGCAAGUUGGAGGAGAAAGGGGAGCCUCUUCAGAGUUUGGAGUCCUCGCUCGCUCGGAGCGCUCGGCCACUUCUUGGACAUCAGCCUUGCGCGCUCUUCUUCUGGGGGCCGCUGUGGGUGCAAAUUCGGCAAACCAGCAUUGCGAGUGUUUUAUAUGCAGGGGUUAGGGUUACAUCUGCAUGGAGUUUUCAGGGAUUGUCCGCUUGGAUUGUCUGGGAAUUCAUCGGACAGGCAGCUAAGAGGAGCGCCGGCAGGGCAGCUUAAGUGACCGCUCGGGUUGGUGCCUUUAAAGUUGGGAAGCGAAGGAAGACUGCAGGGCAGAGAGAGAUGUCCUGCCAGAAAUAACAGGAAUACGUAGGGUAGCGGGAUAGUGCGGCUGGUUAGUAUUUAUUUAUUUAUUGAUUCUCUUCCUAAGUCUUCGGAAGUUUAGUUAAGUCGGCGAGGUCUCUUCAACAGUCUUUUAGCGGCUCUUUAAUUUAAAUUCCAUGUCAUUGAUACAUGUGGCACUUUGAUUCUACGACUGGUCACUUUCUUUUAUGUCCGCUUUCGUCACUGCUAUUUAAGGGGUCGUUACCUUUUUUGUUUUUAUAGUCCCUAAAUUCGCAGCCUAGCUAGCCAUAGUAAAACUGUUUUCCACCUCCUAAAAGGUUUACUUUUGUGUCGCAGAUAUUUACUUUGCAGUAAGCGGCCUAUGCCUUUAGUAGCAGUUUAAGCAGUCGCGUCUUAAAUAGUAUUGAUAGUUAAAGAAAAGAAACUCGACAGAUCAGCAGGGAGUGAGUGAGACAUGGAGCUGAGGUCAGAAAUCUCGGCGGCCCAAAGCGGGCCUCAGGUCCACCCCAGCGCAGCAGCAGCAGCCGCCGCCGCCGCCGCCGCUGCCGCCGCUGCAGCGGCCAUCCCGGUCUCCAUGGCCGGCAACCUCCUGCGAGGCCCGCCGCUCCUCUUGAGGACCACGGAGAAGUACCCUCGGACCCCGAAGUGUGCCCGCUGCCGGAACCACGGCGUCGUGUCGGCGCUCAAGGGCCACAAGCGCUACUGCCGCUGGAAGGACUGCAUGUGCGCCAAGUGCACCCUGAUCGCCGAGCGCCAGAGGGUCAUGGCGGCGCAGGUGGCGCUCCGCAGGCAGCAGGCGCAGGAGGAGAACGAAGCCCGAGAGCUGCAACUCCUGUACGGCACCGCCGAGGGCCUGGCACUGGCGGCCGCCAACGGCAUCAUCCCGCCCCGGCAGAGCUACGAGGUCUUCGGCUCGGUGUGCGGCGACGCGGCUCCCGACGGAAAGCUGCAGAAGUUCGAGCUGUUCCCCAAGACGCCGAUGUCGAGGUCCGUCACUCCACAGCAGGCCGCCGGGAAGGCCGUUUCAACCGACAGCGACUCCGUUACCGGCAGCGUUCCCGGCACUUCAUCACCAGAGGUGCGCCCAGGGUCCGGCUCGGAAAAUGGGGACGGCGAGUCUUUCAUCAGCUCUCCAGUUUCUAAAGGAAUGAAAGAUGGCGAGGACACCCCGGGGUCUAUUAGCCCCCUUGGCUCCGACUCGGGCUCGGAGACCGAUAAAGACGAGCAGGAGCCCUCACCCUCCUCUGCAUCAUCCAGGCAGACCAACGCCAUUGACAUCUUGACCCGAGUCUUCCCCAGUCACAAGAGGAGUGUGCUGGAACUGGUGCUGCAAGGCUGCGGAAAAGAUGUGGUUCAAGCCAUCGAACAGAUACUUAACAACAGUGGGCCGAGCAAGACCGCAGAAGAUGCCUGGACCUCUGACAGGACACUGCCCAGCCUGCAGCCACCUUCUUCCUCUACCCCAAGGCCCAUUUUACCAGGGUCGAUGGCUCCAGCUAUUGGGACACUAAGCAACAGGUCGGCCUUUUCUCCUCUCCAGCCCAAUUCAGCCCACUUUGGGGCAGACCCCAGCGCCUACCCUCUGGGGACACACCUGGGACUUAACCCUUUGCGCCUGGCCUACUCGGCCCACAGCAGGGGACUGGCCUUCAUGACUCCAUAUUCGACAGCGGGCUUGAUGCCAACUUUAGGUUUUCGGCCCCCCAUGGACUACGCAUUUAGUGACCUCAUAAGGGACAGGAGCACCUUACACAAGGAGCAGGGCUACACCAGCACUCUGUAUGGACCGAUCGUGAACAACAACCCAGACAAACAGUGAAGCUUCUCGGGGGGGCUGCUGUGUGUCUUUGUACAUAGGACGGACCACACCACCACCACCACCUUUUAAAACUUCUGUGCCAAGUCCCUAUAGAAGGAAAUAAAGACUGCUGUGCCACCAAGCCGUCAGAUAACGGGAGGGCCGUGACUGACUAAUGUCCCCAUGCAGGAGGAAUUCAGUAGAAGAGACCUAAUGCUAAUCAUAAAACGGCAUCAAUAAUAAUAAUAAUGACAAAGACAAAUAGGCAAAAAGCGCCAUUGGACGCUGGUGGCAGUUUUUCUAAUGAUCUUACUUAAGGUGUAUUUUUUAAAAACUUUAGGCUUUGUACUGCAAAAGACACUCAAAACCAGCAAUGUGUGCGAACUUGUCCAAUGUCCUGAUCUCCUUCUACGACCACGUGCAGGUCAAUGGAAAUUUUUACAGAAGGGUCCAAUCGUUUAUUUUGGGGGGGGGGGGGGGUGAGAAUCCUAAUAUUGGAGUUGUCAGGACCCUUGUUACUCAUGCAGCCAAAUAUCUGGACUUGUUCUUAUUGGCGGUCUAUAAAUUGCCUAUAAUAAAUGAUAUAUUUAUAAGUUAUUAAUGUAAUAUUCUAGAUGGAUUUGCUAAGCCUAUAAAAUGGGUAUCCUUGACACUCAAAAGGUAUCGUAAUUUGGACAAUUGUGUUUUAUUUGUGUUUCUCUCUCUCUU